UUCCUGUUAACUUUCUGCUUUUAAUUGGUAGUAAAAUCAUUGAGAGAAGAUAUGAGGAUAGUAAUUUAUUGAUUUUUUUCCUGCUAGGCUUAGCUGCUACCCUUUACUUUCAUUCCCCCCCUUCUCUCUCCUCUCUCUUGCCAUCAAUUUUCUUCAAUUUGUUGAUCUUCUUCACAAUCACAGACAUACCUGCUCUCACUCUGAUCUUCUUUUUAUUCGCCUUUUUGCUUCUCAUCUUAAUGGAUCGCCGACAAAGUUCUACAGUAAUUGAGGGCUUGAAUCACAACUGAGAGUUGCCAGAUAUAGAUACUUGGUUGGUAUGAUGAUUAUUGUUGUCUGAAAGAUAAAUAGAUUGAUUCUUUUUAGUUGGGUGACUUAGAUUUGCUUUGAUUUUUGAAAUGGGUGGGUGUUUUCCAUGUUGGGGAUCAUCCAACCAAACUGGGUUUGCUGAUAAAGAAGUAAAUAACAAGGAGGGUGGUAAAGAUAGCUCAAUUGUUCCAUCUAAUCAACUGGGCAAAGUUAAUUCAGAUAAAUCAAAGUCUCGCAAUGGUCCUGAUUUAAAGAAGGAGCCACCAGUUCCAAAGGAUGGCUCAACUCCUCAUAUUGCUGCACAAACAUUUACAUUCCGAGAGCUUGCAGCUGCCACAAAGAACUUCAGACCAGAGUGCUUGCUCGGUGAAGGAGGUUUUGGACGUGUUUACAAGGGUCACUUGGAGAGCACUGGACAGGUUGUUGCAGUGAAACAACUUGAUCGAAAUGGACUUCAAGGAAACAGGGAAUUUUUGGUUGAAGUUCUUAUGCUUAGUCUUUUGCACCAUACAAACCUUGUCAAUUUGAUUGGAUACUGCGCUGAUGGAGAUCAAAGACUUCUUGUAUAUGAAUAUAUGCCAUUGGGUUCAUUGGAGGAUCAUUUACAUGAUCUACCCCCUGGCAAAGAGCCUCUUGAUUGGAACACACGCAUGAAGAUUGCAGCUGGUGCUGCCAAGGGCUUGGAGUAUUUGCAUGACAAAGCCAAUCCCCCUGUGAUAUACAGAGAUCUAAAAUCAUCCAACAUCCUUCUAGAUGAGGGAUAUCAUCCAAAGUUAUCUGAUUUCGGACUUGCAAAAUUGGGCCCUGUUGGAGACAAGACUCAUGUCUCCACACGGGUCAUGGGCACGUAUGGUUACUGUGCUCCAGAAUAUGCUAUGACCGGUCAACUCACGUUGAAGUCUGACGUGUAUAGUUUUGGGGUGGUUUUUCUUGAACUCAUCACAGGGCGUAAAGCCAUUGAUAACACUCGAGCUCCUGGAGAGCAAAAUCUUGUUGCUUGGGCUCGCCCUCUUUUCAAAGAUCGUAGGAAGUUUCCUAAAAUGGCCGAUCCUCUUCUGCAAGGCCGGUAUCCAAUGCGAGGUCUUUACCAAGCUCUGGCAGUUGCAGCAAUGUGUCUACAAGAACAAGCUGCGACCAGGCCUCUUAUUGGGGAUGUUGUGACUGCUCUUACAUAUUUGGCUUCUCAAACCUAUGAUCCAAAUGCGCCUAAUACUCAUAGCAGUAGAGUAGGCUCAUCCACACCCAGAAGUCGAGAUGAGCGGAGAAGUUAUGGUGAAAGUAUAGAUAGUCCAGAUAGGCGUGCCCCCCGUCUCAGUUCUCCUUCCACUUUAAGAAAUUCUCCAGACUUCAGAAAGAGAGAUCAUGUUCGAGAACUGAGUACAGGUGCCGAAUUAGGCAGAAGUGAAAUGGGAGGUGGGUCAGGGAGGAGGUGGGGCUUGGAUGACCUAGAAAGGCAGGAUUCACUGAGAGGAAGUCCUGCUAGUACAGGAAGAACUCCUAGGAACCGUGAUUUAGAUAGAGAACGUGCUGUUGCGGAGGCUAAAGUAUGGGGUGAGAAUUGGAGGGAGAGGAAGCGGGCAAAUGCUGUUGGUAGUUUUGACACCUCAAAUGAGUAGCUGAACCGAACUUUACGAUCACAAUUCACAUGAGGCAGAGGAAAAACCAUCAUCAAAGUGAGAAUGAGAAAGAAACGUUUUACGGAUGUCUCAUCUUUUACUGUCUCUGUUUCAAAAUUUUCAUCAGUAAUAAGAGUAAGUCUUGUAUCCCACCUUCAACUGUCGGUUGUUCAUGAGGAUGGAGUAAAAACGUGUAUGUUUAGUGGUCGAAAAGGAUGGUGAUACAAUUGAAUGAUCGAGUAAUGGAAGGUUUAGUGUCUGUCAGUGAUUGUGAGCAUUGAUGGGUUUCUCUGUCCUUUUAAGUGUUAUCGUGUAUUUAGUGUUUAGGAUGUAUCGUUUAGAGAAGCCACUUGGGGAAGGUGCCUUAUUCUGCGUCCCUACAUUAUGCAUAACGGGGAGGAAAAACAGAUGUAGCAGGUCUGUUUUUUCGAGUGUCCUACUGCUCUUUCACAUCCUUGUAUUCGGUACAGGCUCUUUUUUUUGUCUUUUACUCUUUCCGAAAAAUUUAUGAGUCGGUCAUGGUCCUGGCAUACCGGAGUUCGGUCAUGGUCCAUGGCCACCAGCCCACCGCCCAUAUUCAGCUGUAUGUUUGUACUCUUAUGCAUAUAUUCCAUGUAAUUGGUUCACCAA